UGGUAGUUCAGGGGGGAGAUUCGUAGUGCGAUAACCAGGUGACCGGAUAACGAGGUGGGAGUGUCGUUAUAUACCUUGCUAGUGGAGAAGAUAAGGUUGGUGGGAAAAGAGUACCAUGGAGCCGCCACCUACUGGCCGCGCCCGCGGACGCGCCCGUGGCCGCGGCCGCAGUCAGCAGCAGCAGCAGCAGCCGGGAGCCGACCGGCGACCAGGCGAGCCGGCCACCGUGCAGGCGGCGCAGCCGACUGUGGGGGCGUCGGCAGUUCCGACGGGCGCGGCACCACCGACGCGCGCCAGCCACCACCCGUCUGCGGCGCGCGAGCCGACCACCGCCGACGGCCUGGUGCGCGACAUGUCUGCGCUGCAGGUGGGCAGCAGCGUCGGCGGCAGCACCGAGGCGCAGGCCAGCUCGGGCGGCAACGGCGCCGCCAGCGUGGGCCGCGGCGCCACGCGCGGCCGGCGCGACGGCGGCCCGCGCGAGGCGCGCCAAAUGGAGACCACACGCCCCGAGAAGAUAGUCAGCAAGGUGGGUGGCAUCGGUGCUCCAAUCCAGCUGAUGGUCAACUAUUUCAACGUCGUGGACAAGACGUCAUGGUCCAUCAAGCAGUACCGCGUCGACUUCGACCCGCCCGAGGAUAACACGCGCUUCCGGAAGAAGCUGUUGCGUGCCCACCAAGCGCGUCUGGGUCAGCACUACAUUUUUGACGGCACGAUGCUGUUCCUGGAGAGGAUGCUGCCAGAACAGGAGCUGGAGCUGCUCAGCGUGAAGGAGUCUGACGGAUCGAAGGUGCGAAUUCUCAUCAAGUUCACUCACGAGGUGCCGCCGAUGGAUCAUCAAUUCAUCAACAUCUUCAAUAUCAUCACCAACCAGUGCAUGAGUCUGAUCGGCUACACCAAACUGCGCAAACAGGACAGGGAGUUCUUCGACAUGAAACAGGCUCAGUCGGCCGACCGUGGACAGCUGGAGAUAUGGCCCGGAUACGGGGCGGCCGUCAACCAGUUCGAGCACAACGUGCUCAUGUGCGUCAGCGUGUCGCACAAGGUGCUGCGCAUGGACAGCGUGCUGAACCAGCUGAGCAGCAUCCAGCGCCAGUUCCCACGCGACGCGCGCGCGGCCGCCGAGCGCCGGCUGCUGGGCUGCAUCGUCAUGUGCCGACACAAUCUGCGCAUGUACAAAAUCGACGAGAUCAUGUGGGACAAGACGCCGGCGGCCGAGUUCGACUACAAGGGCACCAAGAUCCCGCUGGCCAAGUAUUACCAGGAGAAGCACAACAUUACCGUCAGCAUGGACCAGCCGCUCCUCCUGUCCAACCCCAAGCGACGCGAGAUGCGCCAGGGCCAAACUGAGCCGUUCUGGCUGGUGCCGGAGCUGUGCAACAUGACGGGCCUCUCUGACGAAAUGCGAAACAACAACAACCUGAUGAAAGAGCUGUCUGGUUUCCUGAACAUGCCACCCCAACAGCGGGCCCAGAAGCUGCACCAGUUCAGCACCCGGCUCAACAGCAGCGAAGAUGUGAAAAGUCUGCUCAGCUUCUGGGGCCUCAAGUUCUCCAGGGAGCUACUGAAGGUGAACGGUCGCGUCCUGCCGAGAAAAGGUGGCUCCUGGAAUGACGCCGUCAAAACCGGCGUCAGCUCCUACGUCAACCUGUCGCGCUGGCUGCUGUUUUACACGUCGCGCACACAGGAGCAGGCCGCCAAAUGCCUGACCAGCGUCAAGAACGUGGCGCGCAACUUCGGCAUGAUGAUUGACGAGCCGCGCAAGAUCCUGGUGAGCGAGGACCGCGUCCAGGGCUACGUGCAGGCCAUCGAGCAGAACUUUUCGCCGGAGGCGCAGCUAGUGAUGUGCAUCAUCCCCAGCAAAGACAAGACCAAGUAUGACGCCAUCAAGCAGCUGCUGUGUCUGCGCCGUCCGGUGCCCUCCCAGGUGGUCACGGCCCGGCUCAUCCAGACCAACAAGAACACGCUCGGCGUGGCCACAAAGAUCGCUCUGCAGAUGAACUGUAAACUGGGUGGCGUCCCUUGGGAAGUGAAGAUCCCCAUGAGCGGAUCGAUGAUCGUCGGCUAUGACACGUAUCACGAGUCUCAGCACAAGGGCGCCAGCGCCGGCGCCUGGGUGGCCAGUAUGAACGCCAACGCCAGCAAGUACUACUCGCUGGCCACCAUCCACAAGGACAAGGAGGAGAUCUGCUCGCACAUGCAGAGCAACAUGAUGCUGUCCAUGUGCCGCUACCGUGAGAUCAACGGCAGCUUCCCGACCAAUGUCAUCGUCUACCGCGACGGCAUCGGCGAGGGAUCGCUGCGCUACGUGCACCAGCAUGAGAUCGACCGCAUCAAGGCGGCCAUCACCGAGCUGAACGCCCCGACGCGGCUCUGCUUUAUCAUCGUCACCAAGAACAUCAACACGCGCGUGUUCGCGCAGGGGAGAGGCGGCGGCGUGGACAACCCGCCGCCGGGCACUGUGGUUGACGACGUCAUCACCCGUCCGGAGAGGUACGACUUCUACCUCAUCUCGCAGAAGACUCGGAUUGGCACCGUCACCCCCACCAUGUACAACGUGAUUCUGGACGAGACGAGCUACAUGCCCAAGCACCUGCAGAUGCUCUCGUACAAGCUGGCGCACAUGUACUUCAACCUCUCGUCGACGGUGCGUGUGCCCGCGCCGAGCCACUACGCCCACCGUCUGGCGUUCCUGGUGGGCCAGUCUCUGCACCAGCAGCAUCACCUGGACCUGGCCAACGAGCUGUUCUUCCUGUAG